AUGGGAGAGCUUCAUGUCCGCUCGCUUCUGGUGACGGGGGCCAACCGGGGAAUUGGCCUGGGCCUUGUUCAGCAUUUCCUGGGGCGACCAAAGCCACCCGAGUGGGUGUUUGCAGGAUGUCGGGACCCCAAGGGGCAGCGAGCACAGGAGUUACAGAAUUUGGUCUCUAGGCAUCCCAACCUGGUCAUCAUCCCACUCGAUGUCACCGACCCCGCCAGCAUCAAGGCAGCUGCAGUCAGAGUUGAGGAGCAGCUGGGGGGCUCGGGGUUGAACCUCCUCAUCAACAACGCUGGGAUGCUCAUAUGCAACACAAUUGAUAAUGAGAAAAUGGAGAACAUGACCCGGAUUUAUACCACCAACACAGUUGGGCCCCUGCUGAUGAGCCAGGCGUUCCUGCCCUUGCUGAAGAAGUCUGCCCAGAGGAGCCUGGGCUCAGCACUGAGCUGCAGCAAGGCAGCCAUCAUCAACAUGUCCAGCUCUGCAGGCUCCAUUGAGGAAGUCUUUUUAUGGGAUCAAGCACAUAUUGUCGCAUACCGCUGCAGCAAGGCUGCUCUGAACAUGCUGACCAAGUGCCAGUCCCUGGGGUACCGGGAACAUGGCAUCCUCUGUGUUGCUCUGCACCCUGGCUGGGUGCACACUGACAUGGGUGACUCCGUUGGACACACGCCCCCUGUGACGGUGGACGCCAGUGUGCGAGGGAUGCUGAAGGUGCUUUCCUCCCUCUCCGAGAAAGACACCGGCACCCUCCUGGACUGGGAAGGGAAGGUUGUUCCAUGGUGA